CGUGUAAGACCCUCCCAUGUGCCAGGAGGAAGUUUAACUCCAGAUGCGGUGCAGCACAUUCAGAGUCUCAGUGAAGAGGAGGCUGCAGCCGCUGCUUUUCACCUGGUUUUCCUUUAAGAGACAUUUCAGUUCAUGUAGAACACAAGUGGACUAACAGACACCCUACGGAGUCCCAAUUUCUCUCUGGUUCUCGGGUUGCAGCCAAAAGGCAGAAGAGGAGGCAUCCUCACUCACCUCAAGUGAAUUUCCAUCGUGAACACGCUCUCAUGGAGAGAGAGAAAAAGUUUGCGUCUUGAGCAAUAGUUUGUUACAACUUAUUAAACAUCGCUGUCUGCGAGUUUUUCCUUUUGUUUUUUUUUUUUUUUUUUUUACUUUAGCGUCUGAAUUUUAAAAACAUACUACAUGUUUCAGGUGGAAUAUUCGCAUCUGUGAAACUUCAGUGUGGAAGUGCGCGUACGCGAUUCUUGAGUCCGCGCUAUUGUCAUGAGAUUGAUGUGAACUUUUGGCUUCUGACAGAACGGUGUACCUCAGUUUUACCACAAUGAAGGACGACUUCACUGAUGAAGAGGAAGUGCAGUCUUUUGGCUACAAAAGGUUUGGUAUCCAGGAAGGAAGCGAAUGCACUAAAUGUAAAAAUGACUGGGCCCUGAGGGUGGCGAUUGCUCUUCUGUAUGUACUUUGUGCACUGCUCACCAUAGCUGUGGCUGUGCUGGGAUAUAAAGUGGUCCAAAGGAUGGAUAAUGUAACAGAGGGUAUGGAGAAUUAUGGAGGGAAAAUCAUGGCUGUAGAGACAGACCUCAAGAAACUUGAUGAUCAAACGGGAGAGAAGUCAGAGAACGCCACCAGUGAACUCCUCUCAUUCAAGUUGGAAAUUCAGACCUUGCAGAAGCAGCUCAGUGACGUUGCUGGGAAGGCUUCUAACAACAGAGCUGUUCUCGAUGAGCUACGGCUAGCGGGCGAGGACAUGCAGAGCGGACAUCACUCACUGCGAGACCUGUUGGAGAGCAACGCCAACGUCAUUAGGAACGUAAACCGUACAUUAAACUCAUACAGCGGCCUGAUCGACGGACUAAAGACGGACACGGCGCGGCUCCAGAUGGAUCUUCAGGUGCAGACGAGCGAACAGGGCCGAAACACCCACAACAUCAACACUCUGAAUUUCACCCAGACUCAACAGAGAAACCUCAUCAGCUCCCUCCAGAGGUCGGUGGAGGACACUAGCCAGGCUGUCCAGAAGCUUAAGAAUGACUACCAGAGCCUCCAGCAGGUGGCCAGACAGACCAAAGCGGAUGCUGACUGGCUGAGGGAGAAGGUCCAGAACCUUCAGGCCUUAGCUGCUAACAAUUCUGCACUGACUCGCUCCAACAGUGACUCUCUGGAGGACGUGACCUCUCAGUUGAACUCGCUCUCAGAGCAGGUGCAGAAUGCCUCAGCCAUUGCAGAAAGUCACGACCAGAGCCUGCGUGAGCUCAUGGACCAGCAGCGAGACCACGACAAUGCCACCUCCAUGAAGUUCGAUGCACUAGAGACACGUCUUGACCGCAACGAGGGGGAAAUGGACCGUAUUACAGGGAAUGUAAGCUUCGCCACGCAGCUGCUCGGAGUGAUCAGCGUGGACCUGAACGGUCUUCGUACCUGCUCCGAGACGGUGGCCCGGCACUCGGACCUGCUGCUGGGGCUGAACAGCAGUGUGGCAGAAACCAGAGCUGACAACACGGAGCUCAAAACCCAGCAGGAAGAACUCGCCGCCAGGCUCGACAAAGAGGUCAGCAGCCUCUCCAUAGUCAUGGAGGAGAUGAAACUGGUCGACAGCAAACACUCGCAGCUCAUCACGAAUUUCACUAUCCUUCAGGGUCCCCCUGGUCCAAGAGGUCCUCGGGGAGACAAAGGGUCCCAGGGGCCACCUGGCAAAGCUGGCCAGAAAGGUGAAAACGGUGAAAAAGGAGCACCUGGUGUUGCUGGGCCUAAAGGAGAAAAAGGUCCAGCGGGACCUCCUGGUGUACCAGGGAUGAAAGGGCCACCUGGAUCAAGAGGAAGCCCUGGGCAAAAGGGUUCCCGAGGAUCAGGGGGCAGGGCAGGGCCUUCAGGAGAGAAAGGUGAUCCUGGUAUACCUGGUCUGCCCGGAAGAGAUGGUCAGUCAGGUCCUCAGGGGCCACAAGGGCCACAAGGACUCAGAGGGCCAGCUGGACCAGCUGGACCUGCAGGACCGGAAGGACCCCGCGGACCCAUUGGCCCUAUUGGCCCACCUGGACCUCCUGGAUUACCAGGACUUCCUGCGCCAGUAGUUCUGCCCCCGGUAGAUCCACAAGGCUUUGUCAACCGCCAGGUAGCGCCACCUCCUACAAGUACACCAGGGUGCCCACCUCAGUGGAAGAGCUUCAGAGACAAAUGUUACUACUUUUCAUCAGAGAGUCUCAACUUUGAUGAAACGAAGGAAAGAUGCAGCAACAAGAGUUCAACUAUGCUGAUUAUCAAUGAUGAAGAUGAGCAGCUAUGGAUAAAGAGGCAGAUUUCUGGAAAGGGCUACUUCUGGCUGGGCCUCACUGACAGCGUUGAGGAAAACACCUGGAGAUGGGUGGACGGGAGCUUGCCCAACUAUACGAAAUGGAAGCCUGGACAGCCUGAUAACUGGAGCCACGGUCACGAGGCUGGGGAGGACUGUGCCGGGUUAAUACACGAGGCCAGUUGGAACGACUUUUUCUGCACAGAACGCAUUGGUUUCAUUUGUGAACGAACUAAUGAAUCCAAAGUUCCAGUUUUAUAGCACCUGUUGUGAAUGAACAGAGAAUAUUGGAUAAGACAAUCACAGAGACAGUUCAGAAGACUUCUGUCACAGUAUCCUCUCACAAAGUACAAACAAUCACUUUGCCUAGAGAGCCACGUGUGUGACGGACACAAACUUCAUCGACAAUCACGAACGAUUCGAGACUGCAAACUAUACAAUACACUGAUCACCAGUCAUGUUAAUGUUUAGAUAAGUGAAAAAGCUGUAAUGUAUUGUAAUCAUGUGAUUGUAAAUACCUGUUUUACCUGUGUCAUUAACAAAGCUGAUGCCACAUUAUUCCAGUGCAAUACAAUGAAGCUUUGUAGCUGCUUUAAUUAAAAUAAAGCUUUUAACAGCCAACCGUAAAGCUACAGUUAAUAUGUUGAUAAUGACUAUAAUCCAAAAUUUGUUCUCACCAGAGUUUUACUUCUUAUGUCUUGGACAUCAUUGAUGUGAUUUUAUGAAUAGAUCUUUAAAGCUUUUAAUUUUUCAAAUAUUUGAUUAUGCCGUAGCUAUGUAUAAAAUAGUUGUGUAUUUGAAUACAUGUACAUGUAUGUAGUCAUCAUCAAAGACCAUGUUUUUAUCGGAAAUAAAAUAUAGUUGGUAUUUUUCAA